AUGUUGUCCAGGUUGGACACCAACCGGCUCGACUACCUGCGUCAGGCAGAGGAAUUGGCUCAACUUGCGCAGUCAACGGAGGUCGACACCCACACAAAGAAUUUCGGGCGCGACGUGAUGAACAGUGUCGAACCAGUGAAGGAACUCAAGGAGAAAUCAAAAACAAGGACGACGCAGACAAGAAUAGACGCACGGAAGUGUUUCAAGUGUGGCGAAGUCGGACAUAUCCGCUCGCGGUGCCCUCAGGGAAAGAAGAAGUCCUCGGGUGCAAUUUUCGUUUUCAUGGUUGCUCGUGGUGCAAACGACUCACAGAACCAAUGGAUACUCGACCGCGGUUCGAGUAGACAUUUGGUUAACGGCUCAAGUAUACACACCGACGCAAUCCCCUACAACAGUGAGUGCACGACCGCAGCCACCGAUGGAAGUGCGCUACGUAUCACGCUGCAAGGCACUGCUGACGUUCAAGUAGUUGCGUUUGGGGUCGUCAACACAGUGGGGCUCCUUAACGUUCAAUACGCUGAAAACCUUGAGCGGAACAUCAUUUCGUUCGGAUUGCUCGAGGUAAAGGGGUGCGUGCUCGAAUAUCGAGGAGGAAGGCGCGUGUUAUCUUCCAGAGUGGGUGGCAAACUCAUCAUGAACGCGGAAAGCUUUAACAACGUUCUGGUUGUUACUUGGAUGAGUCACAAUAAUCGUACCAUAAUACCAUCACGAGAUUCGAUGAUUAUGGUCAUGGACGCACCUGAUGAUGAAUCCGUUUCGGACGUUCAUUGCGGUACCUUAAAGGAUUUCCACCGGCGUCUGGGACACUUCUGUCGUGACACGGUUCUGAAGAUGGCUGAAGUACCAGCGUCGUGCAUACGUCUGACUGACACGACACGACAGAAGUGCAUGGCCUGUGCCAAGGGUAAGCAAACCAAGACGGCCCAUUCAAAGAGAGACACAGGCGCAAACUCACCAAUUGACGUGAUCGGGGGCGUCACAUGCUCGGACCUCAAGGGUCCCAUGAUCCACGAGACCGAUUGGGCAACCGAUAAAUGGUCAAGUUCAUUGAUCAUCGGUCAAGUUACUGUCGAGUGUUUCUGUCCAAGACGAAGGAUGCAGCUGCGUUGA